UCGUUCCGUCCACCCCCCGCUCCAUUCACCCUGUGUAUAUUGUGUAUGCUCAUUCCGGGGUUUACAAUACAAAGAGUGAACACGACUUCAUGCCUCCCGUGUCAUUUAUCCUUAAAUGAAGUGUGGCUCCGUAAAGGAGCCUGGAUAUAACAACUGGCGACGAGAAUGGUUCGUGCCUGCGUUGUGUUAGGUGCGACGAUAUAUCUUUGAAGUUUUUCCCUCUUGCGAGGAUAUUGUUUUAUGUGUUGGCUACGCGGCUGCUAGCCGGCGAUGGGAAGUUGGACUGCUAGCUGGUGUUUCGAGGGUGCACUGAUGAUCCUACAAAAACGAAGAUAAUAAAGAAAAAAAAAGUGAGGAAACAUUAACGACAGAGGCACGUCAGUAAACAAAAGAGGGAGAAACCGACGGCCCCGACGAAAAGUGAAAGUAAGACCCGAACUGCGACACAGGUAAACAAAGAUAACUUCGAAAAUGGCCACACUGUUGGGAAAUAUUGGAGCAUUUGAUGAAGCCACGGAACAGUGGAGUGCGUACACGGAGAGGUUCGAGUACUUUUGUCUUGCCAAUAAGAUCGCAGAUGAUGUUAAAGUGCCGACCUUUUUGAGUGUCAUGGGAGGGAAAGCAUUUAAUCUGUUACGCAGCUUAUCACAUCCACAUAAGCCUGGAACAAAAACAUAUGUUCAGAUAGUGAAGAUCCUAGGAGAUCACUAUUCCCCCAAACCACUCAUUAUUGCUGAACGGUUCAGAUUCCAUAAGAGGAACCAGGAGGAGGGAGAAUCUGUAGCGCAAUUUGUAGCAGCCCUGAAAGGUUUAUCUGAACACUGUGAAUUUGGAGGCUCUCUCGAUGACACCAUACGAGACAGACUGGUGUGUGGUCUGCGCAGUGAGUCUAUUCAAAAACGGCUACUCACAGAGGCAAAAUUGACACUAGCAAAAGCAGUAGAGUUAAGCACCUCUAUGGAAAUGGCCACCCGUGAUGCACAGCAAUUAAGUGCUGGCACCCAAGUCCACAAACUAUCCUCUGAAUCAACCACAAAAACAAGUGACAGGCCUUGUUAUCGGUGUGGGAAAACUGGACAUGAGGCACAAGAAUGUUGGUGCAGGGAACUAGACUGCAGACAUUGCGGAAAGACAGGCCACAUUGAACGUGUCUGUAGAAAUAAAAACAGAGCUGAAAAACAGCAUACUGAAGUGAAGAAAAGUGGUUUCAGGAGAAAUAAAAAGAAAUAUGUCAAUAAGUUGGAACACAACCAACAUGGAUCAAGCGGCAAUGAGUCUGACGAUGAGACAGUAUGUGUGCUAUCAAUGAGAGACAAUGAUGAUGGAUACUGGGUCACCCCACUGUUAGAGAACAGCUGUGUACGGAUGCAGAUAGACACGGGUUCCCGACUCUCCAUGGUGUCUGAGGCCAUUUACAGAGAAAAGCUAAAACACCUUACCCUCCAACCAACCAAAUUGAGAUUACGAACCUAUACUGGGGAGGCUGUCCCAGUUUUAGGAUUUGUGAAGGCAACAGUGGAAUACAACGAGCAAAAAAGGGCCUUACCUCUAUACGUCAUUGCAGGAAACCGCCCAGCCCUGUUUGGCCGCAGUUGGCUGGAAGAGCUCAAAUUAAACUGGCAAGAAGUUUUCCUGGUGGAUGAUGGGACGACUGGUUCCCUCCGGGAGGUCUUGGAGAAACACACCAAUGUUUUUGGUGAUGAACUUGGCAGCAUGAAAGACAUAACAGUCAAACUGACCAUAAAACCAGGAAGUACGCCAAAGUGUCUAAAGGCGAGGCCAGUUCCCUAUGCAAUUAAACCGAAGGUAGAGGCUGAAUUAGACCGGCUGGUUGAAAGCGGGGUACUAGAACAAGUCAGAACGAGUGAAUGGGCCACACCAAUUGUCCCAGUAGUAAAAAAAGAUGGGUCGCUCAGAAUCUGUGGUGAUUUCAAAGUCACGGUAAAUCCAGUUUUAGCUGCUGAGCAGUAUCCAUUACCCCUGAUCGAUGACAUCUUCGCAGGUCUGGCUGGAGGCCAAAAGUUUAGCAAGAUAGACUUAUGCCAGGCUUACCUUCAGAUGCAUGUUGUUCCCGAGUCUCAGGAACUGCUGACGAUAGUCACGCACAAGGGCCUUUACAGAUACAAGAGGCUCCCUUUUGGAAUUACAUCGGCUCCAGCCCUUUUUCAAAGAGCCAUGGAGCAAAUCCUGAGUGGCCUUCCCGGAGUCCAAUGCUACUUGGAUGAUCUUUUGAUCACAGGGACAGAUGAAAAGACACACUUAAGGAACCUGGAAGCAACUUUACAGAGACUGGAAGACUAUGGCCUGAGAGUUCGGAAAGACAAGUGUGAAUUUUUCAGAUCCUCAGUUGAGUACCUAGGCCAUGUUAUUGACAGUGCAGGACUGCACAAAGCGCCAUCCAAAGUAAAGGCCGUAAUGGAAGCGCCCUCUCCAGUCAAUGUGACCCAACUGAGAUCAUUUUUAGGCCUUCUCACAUACUAUGGGAAAUUUGUGCCUAACCUGGCAAAUCAGCUGAAGCCAUUACACGAGCUGCUAAACAAAGCAAAGCAAUGGGAGUGGACCAAGACAUGUGAAACAGCAUUCAAAGACGCAAAAAGGGCUCUGUGUGACUCUGGGGCCCUCAUUCACUUUGAUCCUGCACUACCCAUCCAGUUGGCAUGUGAUGCUUCACCCUACGGUGUUGGCGCCGUAGUAUCACACAUACUACCAUCAGGGGAAGAGAGGCCAAUCGCUUUUGCUUCGCGAACCUUGAGCCAAGCCGAAGGCGGAUACGCCCAAAUUGAGCGGGAAGCUUUGGCCAUAGUUUUUGGUGUGAAGAGAUUCCAUCAAUAUCUCUUUGGCAGGAAGUUCACUUUACUGACUGACCAUCGACCACUGACCUCUAUUUUUGGCCCCCACUCUGGCAUCCCCUCCUUGGCUGCCAGUCGUAUGCAGCGAUGGGCCCUACUUUUGUCUGCGCAUCAAUAUGACAUUAAAUACCGGAAGGCAGACCUGCAUGGGAACGCAGAUGGCCUGUCUAGGCUGCCAUUGUCAGUCACACACACAGAGCCGAAGCCGGCUGAGAUUUUUUACUUCAAGGAUGUGACGUCAACACCAGUGACCUCAGCUCAUGUGAAGAAACACACACGAGCAGAUCCUGUUCUGUCCGAGGUGGUGGAUAUUAUCACCCGAGGGAAGAGGGGUGUCAUGACCCAGAGUCUGAAGCCAUAUCUAGAGAGGAGAAAUGAGCUAUCGGUCCAGGCAGGAUGCCUACUGUGGGGUUAUCGCGUCAUUAUUCCACCACCCUUAAGAGGGAAAGUGCUUAACGAGCUCCACUCCGGACACUGUGGAGUGGUACGAAUGAAAGAGAUUGCACGCAGCUACUUCUGGUGGCCAGGCCUGGAUGUAGCUAUAGAGGAAAAGGCAAAAGCAUGUCAUGACUGUCUGAAAGUCAGAAACCACCCACAACUGGCCCCCUUACACCCCUGGGCCUGGCCUGAAGAGCCAUGGCAAAGAAUUCACAUAGAUUUUGCAGGGCCACUGGAGGGCAGUAUGUUUUUAGUAGUGGUUGAUGCUCAUAGUAAGUGGCCAGAGGUUGUUGUAAUGAAGAGCACCUCCACAGAGAAAACAAUUGAAGAACUACGAAGCAUUUUCAGUCGUUUUGGCUUACCACAGCAACUUGUCAGUGAUAACGGGCCACAACUAGUGUCUGAGGAGUUUAAGGCAUUCAUGGAAGAGAACGGCAUCCAUCACAUCAAGUCUGCACCAUAUCACCCAGCCACCAAUGGGCUGGCAGAACGAUUUGUCCAGACCAUGAAACAAGCGCUCAAGUCUUCACAAAGCACACGGUCCCUUAACCAGCGUCUCAGUGCCUUUCUGCUGUCAUAUCGAAACACUCCGCAUGCUACCACAAAGGUGUCUCCAGCCUCUGCCUUACUCAAAAGACAGCUCCGCACACGUCUAGAUCUUCUGAGACCUCUAAGUACAAGGGAGGUUGUCCACAGCCAGCAGAGGGCUCAGGUAGACAGAAGAGCAAAAGCACGGCUGCGAACCCUCACAGCCGGGGACCAUGUCCUUGCCCGGAACUAUGCCAGGGGAGAUAAGUGGAAACCAGCAACUGUUCUGGCAAAAACAGGUCCUGUGUCAUACACGGUUGAAACCAGUGACCACCUGGUAUGGAGGAGACACAUCGAUCAACUCCUUCACGCCUCUGGUUCCAGUGAUGACCCAAAUGCUCCAGCCCCUUCAGUCCCUGACCUUGGAAUCUACCCAGAUCAGCAUCUGGAAGAACCCCAGAUUCCACCAGUAGAUGGGGAGGCUUCCCCACCUACAGUCGGACCUGAGCAGGUUAUGCCACCUCCACCCAGUGCCGAGACCAGUGGCAUUCCUGCGGGUCGUACUUACCCCAAAAGAGACAGGCGACCCCCAGACAAACUCUCAUUAUAACCUAGAGACUGACCCACGACGAUGGGGCACAAUAAUCCCCAGGGUCCAGUCUGGGAAUUGAGGCAGUCUACCCUCUUUCCCUAGUAUAAAAAAAAGAAGAGAUUUUGUUAAAACUGUUGUUUGUUAUCAGUUAGGAAUUUUAAGGAAACAUGUUAAAUAUUACACUGAAGGGUGGCUAGUUUUCUUAUAUCUGGUAUCAAAGUAAAGGGGGAGGAAUAUGUUGUGUAUUGACACAGGUUAAGUUUGUCCCAUUGUUCGUUCCGUCCACCCCCCGCUCCAUUCACCCUGUGUAUAUUGUGUAUGCUCAUUCCGGGGUUUACAAUACAAAGAGUGA